AAACGCAUCAGCUUGUCCAUUAUGUGCCGUGUCCAUUUGUAGCAGUGGUACACCAUUUGGCUAUUCAUUUAUCUUCCGUUUCGUUUUCGCUUCAAAAUUUAUUAUUCUUCAGUCACACCCUCUUUACCGCGGCUUAUAGUCUUCUAGACUUCCAUCCAUAUCAUACUAUUACUAAUAGUAAUAAUAUGGAAUACUGCGCCCGGCCCGAAAACUAAUUUAGUGAAAAUCUUGGAGCAAAAUUAAAACCGAGGCUAUUGUAACCUUGUUCGGCAAGUUGAUAAUCUAGCCGGGCACACUUGGGGCACAAAAUUAGAAUUCCGGGGGUACACUUAUUUUAACUUUCUUACACCAUACACUCGAACCGUGGUAUGAUGAGUUGCAGGUUUAGCUAUAAUCGUGCGUAAAUAGAUUCAUAAAUAGUCAAUAAAUAACAAACCCUCCUUUAAGAUGAUGAAGCUACUACCAGUACUGGUAUUCAGUGCUAUCAUAGCUGCCGCACUCUCCAAAGACAAAGACAUGCGAGGCUUGUACAGAGAGAUCCAGGCUAAAUACAUGGAUACGGUCCCGCUUGUCGCAUCCUCUCAGGCAGACUCGAAGCAACAUUUCGCUGAGUUUUGUGAGUAUGUCCGAGGAGUAGAGACAAACAACGCGGAGAAUCAGGAUGGUUUUCUUGCUGAGGUCAACAUGUUUGCUCUUAUGACUAAAGCAGAGAGGUACCAGUGGACUGGUCUGAACGCGUCAGAUAUCAUGGAGGAGCAGAAAAGAUCUCUGUCCAAGAGGAGGGGAGGUGCCGUGCCAGUUGCCAUCGAGAAGCGUCAAUCAUCUAGUGUUGAUUACACUAGCAAGUUGCCUCCAGUUAAGGGGCAAGGAAGUUGUGGGAGUUGCUGGACUUUUGGUGCUGUCGCAGCUCUGGAGUAUCAAGUCAACAGGAACAGUAACACGGUGAAGUCUCUAUCAGAGCAGCAGUAUCUGGACUGUGUGUACGAGGGAGUCCGUGACGGGUGUAAUGGCGGGUGGCCGACCCAGUGCUACGAUUGGACCAGAGAUAACGGCAACAUGAUCGCCAAAGAAGAGGACUACCCCUAUGUACAAAAAGAUGGAGUUUGUAGAGGUGCUGCCAAUGGUAUAAAGACAGGAAUCAAAGGGUACUCUCUCACUGGAAGUAGAUAUCUGGUUAAAGGAGAUAGUGCCAUGAUGACAGCUGUUGCUGAUGCCAACAUUGGGGUAAUCUCCAUCGCUUUCGGGGUUGUUGAUAACUUCUUCUCCUACAAGAGCGGUGUUUACACGGGAACAGGAUGUAGCUCCAUCAACCAUGCUAUGGACGUUGUAGGCUACGGUGUAGAAGGGGGCAAGAACUACUGGAAAGUCAGGAACAGCUGGGGAGCUGGUUGGGGAAAUGGUGGCUACGUGUUGGUGUCACGAGGAGGCAAUACCUGCGCAAUCUCCGACUAUGGCCACUAUCCUGUUGUAACAGGUUCUGAUCCUGAUGAUGGAGAGGACGAUGGUAGUAGUGAUGAUGAAGAUGAUGGAAGUGAUGAGGAUGACAAUGAGGAUGACAGUAAUGAUGGUGACGAUAUGAGUGCUCUCACAUGGAUACAGUUCAACCAAGGAAAAAGUGUCACCGUAUCGGUCUCCAAGAAUGACCCUGCCAAGUUUUACGUGAAAUAUCCCUGUGACGAAAGUGUCUGGUAUAAGAUCUAUUUGAAAACCAACACCGGAGCUUCUUUUGGUCACUUUGAGAUGUACAAGAAAACCUCCGCUACCAGUGAUCUCACCGGAAAUCUGUACUGCAAAAACGGUGGCGACAAGAGUUGGUGGGGCGGUGAGAAAACCGACUUCAACCUCAAGUGUGAUGCUGUGAAGUGCCGAGACGGAAUGAAAGUACUGAAAGUACAGAAAACCAACGAGUGCGUCAAGGUGAUGGAUGCAAGCAAUGAUGAAGUUCUCUGGAGCAAGAUGUUCGAUUCGACGGACGGAGACUGCGGGAUGGCAAUGGGCAGCGUCACCUCUCAAGUUUGGAACUACAAUGGCAACGAUCUGAAUCUGGCUGUCUCUAACAAGGAGGAAGAAGACGGUUCUGAUGAAGAUAAUGGUGACGAUGGUGAUGAUGGUGAUGAUGGUGAUGAUGGCGAAGAGAAAAAGGUAUGUAAAUGGGUAACAAGAACAGAACAGAAGAUGAAGCAAAAGAUUCAAGGACUAGAUAACAUGAAUAUGGCUGAUGCCAAAAAAGCUUGCGAGGCAUCGGAAGAAUGCAAUGCUAUUACCUGCAAGAAUGCCAACAAAUGUUGGUUGAACAAGAAACCCAAAGGAAAGGCAAACACAAAGUUUACUGGCUACAUCCUAAAAUGUAAAACGAAAUCUGUCUAGGUCUUCAUUUAACGAAUUCGCUUGAUAGACAACCCCAACGGACGAGAUUCUUCUCAGCUAAAAAGACAAAAUCAAUUUAACGCAUGUUCUUGUAGCUUUAAAAGCUAGUCCUUGAUCGACGACUAUCCAUUCAGCAGAAUCAAACUAUUUAAUUAUAAUAUAUAAUAUGCAUGAAUAUCAUUUUCUCAGAUCGAUUUUAUUCAACCCUGUUAAUUUUAGUUUUUAAUUGCCUUGAUCGCAGAUAA